AUGAAGUUUGGUGCGUUUGUCCUUGCCUCUGCUGCCGCGGCCAGACAGUCGGUCAUGUCUUUGUCAUCGACGGAAAAGGCCAUCUUGGGUGUCGAUUUGGCCGAGUGGGAGAACGAAUUCGGCUCGUUCGCCACUGAACACGGCCUCCUCCCCCGCGCCCCCGCCACGGAAAGCGCCCGCACGGAAGAAGCCAUCCUCGACGACAAGUUGCAGCGCUUGCUGGACACCAAGUUCGAGGCGGAGCUGGCGCAGGAACAAAACCCCGACGCCGUCUUCAGCUGGAAGAACCCUUUCGCCCUCCUCAACGAAGCCGAGUUCAAACGCCACGUGGCCAUUUCGUUUGAACGGGAUGGUCAGCAAUUCCUCAAUGGCACCAACGAAGUCGAAGUCGCCCCCCCGGCGUCCCAUAGGGAAGCUGCCGUUGACUGGUCGACCCGGUGCAACCCGCCCGUGCGCGAUCAGGGCGAGUGCCUGUCGUGCUGGGCACAUGCAGCGGUGGGGGUUGCGGAGGCGGCCCACUGCAUCGCCACGGGGAACCUCUUGAGUUUGUCUGUCCAGCAAGUCACGAGCUGCUCGACCAAGGGGGGCAGCGCCGGCUGCAACACCGGGUUUCCUUCGUACGCCAUCGACUACGCGGCCGAAGGACUGUGUCUGGACAGCGCGUGGCCGUACCGAGGCCAGACUGGCACGUGCAACAACCAAUGCUCCAAGCAGCGCUUGGCCAUCGGCACUAGCGCCCGCACGUCGGGUGAAAGCGGACUCUCGAACGCACUCUACAACCAGCCGGUGGUCGUGGCCGUGGCGUCGGCCAACAACGUGUGGAAGAACUAUGUGCGCGGGGUGGUCUCGGCUUGUCCGGCCGCGCGCUCGGACCACGCCGCCAUCGCCGUCGGAUAUGACGGCCAGUCGUACAAGAUCAAGAACUCGUGGGGCACGCGAUGGGGGGAUGGUGGGUACAUCUACCUGCGCGCCAACGCCGGCGGCAGGGGCACGUGCAACGUCGCGGAAUACGUGUUCUUUCCCAAACUCGGCGCGUCCCCCUACCAGCCCAAGCCCGGCUGCGGCAACUGCAACGCGUGCUACUACCCCGGCGACAACUCGUGCUUGUCGGACUUUAACAAGGCCGACUGCGAGUACUACAGCGCCAUGCACGGCACCAAGUGGUGCGCCAACUAG